CGGGGACCAUGCUUCCACCUUCUGCGCCUGGUGCGGGUUCAUGUUCGCUCGAUCCUGGGGAUAAGCGCGGGGCCUCCCCGUCCCGUGAAGAGCAGGUUGCCAUGGACGAAGAAGGUAUGUUAAGCAGGGUUGCCGUGCCCCCUCCCUUGGCUACAAUGCAGGGUGUCGCCCCCCAGUCCGUGAUGCCCUGUGCAAGCAAGGGCGUGUCUGAUGCCACCAUGCCCGAGGUCGACGCCGGGGUGAAGAUCGGGGUUUCCCCACGUCAUGAAGAACAAGUUCGCAAGAAAAAGAAAGGUGUGAAUCCUCCUCUUUGAUUCGGGAACGGAGAAAUAGUUCAACCGGCACUAUUCCAUUUUACCCUAUUCAUUUUCUUGCAGAGGUUGCGGGUAUGCGGGGCAGGCUCGCCGCCCUGGCCGCAGAGGAGGACGCCAAGUUCCGGCCUUCGAGGACCGAGGUCAUUCCCUUCAUCGCGGGGAAACAAUGCGGGGUCCCUCCCGUCAACCAUCCAGCUCCCGCCCUUAGUGUUCCACCAACUUCGGGUGUAGCGUGGGCAGGAAGCGUAUUCCCCGAGGCCAUUCCGUUCAUCGCGGGAAAACAAUGCAAGGCUCCUCCUGUUAACCAUCCAGCUUCUAC